CUAUAGCAGACGACGUGCGUGCCGAUAUCACAUAGAGCUCAGCCACACUUUGACUCUCUGAGCUGCGAUUGCCGGGUCACGUUGCAUAAUUAUGCGUUUUAAUACAGCUGAGGAGCUUUCUACUGCCAAAGAGGGCAAGAGCCAGAGUGUGAGAUAGACAAAAGUGUCCAACACCUCGAUUUAUUGAUUGGAUCAAUAACUAUCACAACACAAAAUGAACACUUUCAAUCCCACCUGUCUGCUUCUAUGCCUGGCUAAUCUGACAUUUGCAUACGAUGUUCCACCUUCCAUAGUGGAACAGCCUGAAUCGAUUAAUGGAGACCAACGUAUACCAUUAACUCUAACGUGCAGAGCUACCGGAAUACCAGAACCUACGUACUACUGGGAGAAGGAUGGAUCUUUAUUUGACGUGGACAGCAAUGAUCGUGCUAGCCUGGAUGGGGGAAACCUAGUGAUCGAAUCAUUAACAACAGCAGACGAUGGACAAUACCAAUGUUUUGCUAAUAACAGGCUUGGUACAGCAAUGUCCCAAAAGAUAUGGACAUCAUUGGCCUUCAUGGAUCAGUUUGAGAACACUGCAUGGGAAACGAUACAAGUGGAUCAGGGAAGACCCCUGAAGCUGCGUUGUGGUGGAUCCCCCGGCGUCCCCAACGGCAAUCCUGCUCCCUUGAUGUACUGGACCGAUGCAGCUGCCAAACCCACACCCAUCUCAUACAACGCGCGGAUUAGCCAGGAUCCAGAAGGGAGCCUGGUCUUUUCGAACGUAAUUGCAAGCGACGCUAAAGGCUACUACUGUCAAGCCAUCAAUAACGUUGUAGGGUCAUCCCAGCAGUCACCAAAAGUCACGCUGAUGGUAUCAGAUUUGCCAGCAGUUGAUAGUGGAGCCAGCUUAGUCACUAAACCAGCAGCAAGCGAAAUUGCCAUCAGAACUCAGUCAUUUAAGCUGAAAUGCAUUGCUUAUGGAUACCCAACCCCUGAAAUCACAUGGAAGCGAGGAGAGGAGCAGCUACAGUCUGGAGGACGAAUUUCUAUCGAAGAAUCCGGGCAGGAGCUGGUCAUCUCCACUGUCGAGAACAGUGACAAGGGAACGUAUACAUGCGUUGCAUCAAAUUGUGAAGGAAUUGAUGAAUUCAGCACAGUAGUUACUGUGGAAUCUGCGCCAUAUUUCCCAGCCCCACCCUCCGAUGAAACCAAGAGACCUGGUGAAUCAGUGGACAUUGAAUGCCGUUCCAAGGGUGUUCCAGCGCCCACUGUCAAUUGGCUUGUUAACGGACAACCUUGGGCUGAUUUUGAAUCCAACAUAGAUACAAAAAGAUGGACUGUGGUGACUGGAGACCCCCAGGUAGCAACCAUAGCUAUCACAAACCUACAGACAACAGACAGCAAUGUGUUCCAGUGUAUAGCUACCAACAAGUACAAAGAGGAACUCGCCAGUGUUGUACUCAAUGUAGUCUCCAUCCCUGCUAGGAUACCUAGUUUCACGCCACUGACGAGGAGACUGAGUGUUGUAGAGGAUGACUCUGCCGCAUUCACCUGCCAUGUUGAAGGAAGACCUACUCCAACCAUAACAUGGACCUUCAAGGGAUCAGUGUUGACCAACAGAGACAAAUACACCGUCAAUGAAACCGAGGGAAGCCUAGUGAUCAACAAUGUCAAGAAAGUGGAUAGCGGAGAAUAUGAAUGCAGAGCCGAAAAUGCUAUCGAUGGAGACGAUCAUGAGGCAACGGGUAGUGCAACCCUGAUAGUGCUAGGUACUCUUCUAGAUGAUUUUCCACCUUCCAUAGUGGAACAGCCUGAAUCGGUUACUGGAGACCAACGUAUCCCAUUAACUCUAACGUGCAGAGCUAUUGGAACACCAGAACCUGCGUACUACUGGGAGAAGGAUGGUGCUUUAUUUGACAUGGACAGCAAUGAUCGCGCUAGCCUGGAUGGGGGAAACCUAGUGAUCGAAUCAUUAACAACAGCAGACGAUGGACAAUACCAAUGUUUUGCUAAUAACAGGCUUGGUACAGCAAUGUCCCAAAAGAUAUGGACAUCAUUGGCCUUCAUGGAACAGUUUGAGAACACUGCACCUGCAAUGGUACAAUUGAGCCAGGGACAACCCCUGAAGCUGCGUUGUGGUGGAUCCCCCGGCAUCCCUAACGGCAAUCCUGCUCCCUUGAUCUACUGGACCGAUGCAUCUCCCAAACACACAUCUAUCACAUACAAUGCACGGAUUAACCAAGAUCUAGAAGGGAACCUGGUCUUUUCAAACAUAAUUGCAAGCGACGCUAAAGGCUACUACUGCCUAGCCAUCAAUAACGUUGUAGGGUUGUUCCAGAGGUCACCAAAAAUUAUGCUGAGUGUUACAGAUUUGCCAGCAGUUGCGAGUGCAGCCCACUUAGACAGUCACCCAGCAGCAAGCGAAGUUGCCAAUAGAACUCAGUCAUUUAAGCUGAAAUGCAUUGCAUUUGGAUACCCAACCCCUGUAAUCACAUGGAAGCGAGGAGAGGAGCAGCUACAGUCUGGAGGACGAGUAUCUAUUGAAGAAUCCGGGCAGGCGCUGGUCAUCUCCGCUGUCGAGAACAGUGACGAGGGAACGUAUACAUGUGUUGCAUCAAACACGGGAGGGGAUGAUGAAUUCAGCACAGUAGUUACUGUGGAAUCUGCACCAUAUUUCCUAGCCCCACCCUCCGAUAAAACCAAAGGACCUGGUGAAUCAGUGGACAUUGAAUGCCGUUCUGAGGGUGUUCCACCGCCCACUGUUGAAUGGCUUGUUAAUGGACAAACUUGGGCUGAUUUUGAAUCCAACAUAGAUACAGAAAGAUGGACUGUGGUGACUGGAGACCCCCAGUUAGCAACCAUAGCUAUCACAAACCUACAGACAACAGACAGCAAUGUGUUCCAGUGUAUAGCUACCAACAAGUACAAAGAGGAACUCACCAGUGUUGUACUCAAUGUAGUCUCUUUUCCUGCUAGGAUAACUAGUUUCACGCCUCUGACAAGGAGACUAAGUGUUGUAGAGGAUGACUCUGCCAAGUUCAUCUGCCAUUCUAGAGGAAGACCUGAUCCAACCAUAACAUGGACCUUCAAGGGAUCAGUGUUGACCAAUGGGAUCAAAUACACCAUCAAUGAAACUGAGGGAAGCCUAGUGAUCAACAAUGUCAAGAAAGUGGAUGGCGGAGAAUAUGAAUGCAGAGCAGAAAAUGCUAUUGAUGGAGAAGAUUAUGAGGCAACAGGUAGUGCUACCCUGACAAUGCUAGGCAAGACAACAAUUUACCUUUCUCCUGCUAAUUUGAUGAUUCGAGAGGGCAAUACAGCCACUUUCCAGUGUGAAAUAACGUAUGACGAGGAGCUGAUUGAACCCUAUGUCUACUGGAUGAAAGAUGGUCAGAGACUCGAGGCUAAUCAGGACAACUCCCUGAGAAUAGAGAAUGCCUUUUGUACUCAUUCAGGAACCUAUACAUGUGUUUUGGAAGCAACCAUUGAUGAGAGUGCAGGCACAGUUCAUUCAGUGAAUGCCUCUGCUAAACUCAUUGUAAAAGGUCGGCCUGAAUCUCCUCGGAUUCUGAUGCUUCUAGCCAAGGAACAGGAGUUUGCAAUGGACCUUUUCUGGGAGCCUGGCAAUGAUAACAAUGCUCCUAUCCAAUAUUACAUCAUCCAGUACGACACCAAGUGGGCAGAUAUGCACUGGCAAUUCCAAGCAAACGAGACAUCUAGUGGCCUUGCAAUCUAUCGCAAAGUGCUUUACCUGCAGCCGUUCGUAGACUAUCGGUUCCGAGUCAUUGCUGUGAACGAGAUUGGGGAGUCUGAACCAAGUGCGGAGGUAGCCCCAACGGUCGAUCCUCAAGUUGCCCCACCCUCUGAAAAUCCGAGCGGGGUCAGCGGAAGUAGCACGAGACCCGAAGCAAUGGUCAUAAGAUGGCAGGCAAUUCACCCCUUCUACUACGGUGCGGAUGGUUUCCACUAUGAGGUCGCAUACAGACCCAGGAUUUCAAGUGAACCAUUCACAAAGGCUACAGUAGACCCAGAAAACACUGAUGAUAAUCCUACUGGAAUCAUCCAGAAUUACAUCGUAAAUGCUAGUCAACUUUGCGGGGAGUUUGAGUUCUCUGUACGAUCAGUGAAUAGUGAGGGACCAGGACCCGAACCAGAGAUUCAUCAUGGGUUCCCUGGAAAAGCUUGUCGGCCUGAAUCUCCUCAGAUUCUGAUGCUUUUGGCCAAGCAACAGGAGUUUGCAAUGGACCUUUUCUGGGAGCCUGGCAAUGACAACAACGCUCCUAUCCAAUAUUACAUCAUCCAGUACGACACCAAGUGGGCAGAUAUGCACUGGCAAUUCCAAGCAAACGAGACAGCGAGUGGCCUUGCAACCUAUCGUAAAGUGCUUUACCUGCAGCCAUUCGUAGACUAUCGGUUCCGUGUCAUUGCUGUGAACGAGAUUGGGGAGUCUGAACCAAGUGCGGAGGUAGCCUCAGGGGUCGAUCCUCAAGUUGCCCCACCCUCUAUAAACCCGAGCGGAGUCAACGGAAGUACCACCCCAACAUCGACGGUCAUAAGAUGGCAGGCAAUUCACCCCUUCUACUACGGUGGGGAUGAUUUCCACUACGAGGUUGCGUACAGACCCAGGCUUUCAAGUGAACCAUUCACAAAGGAUUCAGUAUACCCAGAAAACACUGAUGAUAAUCCUACUGGAAUCAUCCAGAAUUACAUCGUAGAUGCUAGUAAACUUUGCGAGGAGUUUGAGUUUUCUGUACGAUCAAUGAAUAGUGAGGGACCAGGACCCGAACCAGAGAUUCAUUAUGGGUUCCCUGGAGUAGCCUGUUUGGCCUAUCAGUGACUUCCCAGACCAGGUCAUCAACCAAGCCUCUAGGGAGCUUGUCCAACAGCAUUCUGGUGCCUUCCAACAAGAAUGCGCAUCCUAUCCUACAAUUGGUAACAAUACUUGUAGACUUCGAGCUAUAUACUAAUCUUUGUACAAGGCAUAUAUUACCAUUGUGAUGAUUAC